AUGCCAAAUAACGAUAUACCAGCUGAUGAAAUCGAGGACGCAAAUAGUUCUCUGUCAUUCAGUUCCAAUGAAAAUGGUUCAGUGUCAAAUCGUUCCAUGGCAAGUAGCAUGAGCAUUGGGUUAAACAACAGUUCACCACCGCUGAUUGCAAAUGGGCCACGCCAAAGGCAAAUUUACAGUCCAAUUUCUACAAAUUUUAUACAGCCAAUAUAUCCUGAGCCUACACUAGACGCUGUUUUGAGAAAAGCAUGUGGCACAACAGCCGAUUUAGAAACAUUGACCCAUAUUCAAAUGCGCGUUUCCUCGAAUAUAUUUGGUUUACAUCAAAUGCAUAUUUUUAUGCCAAAUUUAGUUGCACUAAAUUUGGACGGUAGCUCAUUGGAAUCAUUGCGUGAUUUGGGUUGUGAUUUAAAAAUUAAAUAUUUAAAUGUGAGCCGAUGUGGUUUGAGAAGCUUCAAUGGAAUCAGUGGAUUCGAUACAGUUGAGCACCUAGUAGCUGAUGGCAAUGAAAUAUCGAAUGUUAUGCAAUUGGGCGGUGCACUACCCGAAUUGCAUACACUCAGCUUACGCAGCAAUCGAAUUAAGCAAUUGAAUGUCAUUGCUAUUCUAUCGAUGUGCACCACAUUAACUAGCUUGGAUUUAACAAAUAAUGUGAUUACGAAUACAAUCGACUAUCGUCAAAAUGUGAAGACGGCAAUACCAAAUCUAUUGAUUUUGGAUGGGUUUGGAUUUGAUGAAAUGGGAGCGAAUACAAAUCUAACGGAAUGCAGUUCAAGCUUAACGAGUGACAUUUCAAAGGACAGCUCAUCCAUUUCGGAAGCGAAUUUGAUGAGUCGACCGUUAAGCAGUAGAAAUCAAUUCAUCGAUACAAUAUUGACCGAUUCAACUGGACGACCUUCGACUGCAGAAUCAUCAUCGAUUUGUUCGGGUGGUUCGCCAAUCGUGGGAAAUAUAAUAAAUAAAGUGCGUCGCAAACGUCGCGAAAAAGCAAAUGAUACAAACAAACAAAGCGAUUCUUCAUCGGCAUCUCUGUCAUCACUUCUUGAUACGAAUUCACGAAAUGCCACAAAUUCAAGCAAUUUUCCAAUGACGUUGCCACAGACUUCAGUCUCAUUGGAAUUGGGUUUAAUCAAUACUGAACCUGCACCACAGUCAGAAGCAAGCGUACAUCAAUUAAUUGAAAUGUGUCGACGAUGGAGAGUUUUAAGCCAAAAAUCGCGCCAAAAGUUCAACUCAAAUUCUAAAUAA